AACUACACUAGCGCCACUUCUGACUAAGUUUCUAAUAAAAUCACUAGGUUUCAGUACCGUACAAAUCCUUCAGCUCUAUUGGCUUAUUUUAAAUAAAAACAACCAAUAACAAAUCAGGGCAAACGACGCCUCUACCACCAACAGUUCAACAGUUUUUUACGGGUUAACGUCUUAAAUGUUUUAGGCAUCUGUCUAAUAAGUAUUGAAACAAGAACAUUUAAUGUAGUGUUAAAUAAUAAAUUUAUACAGUUGAAUAAUAAUUAAUAUAAAAUGACAUCCUUGUCAAUAAUAGCAACUCACGAUGAGCUUGUACGAUGUACAAAUGUCCUUGUCAAUGGAUCCUGCGAAGAAGAAUUUUUGCAAUUUGCAAUAAAUCAAGAGGAAAUGCGUCAGAAAUGGUUAUCAGCAGUCCAAGAAUGUCAGCGAUUGCAUUCAGCAUUAGAAAAAUCACGGCAUGAAUCAACAGAUCUUGAUCGUAAGUUAAGUCACGCACGUCGUCUUCUGGACGAAGAGAAACGUCGGAGACGUAUUGCUGAGGAGCAACGAAAUUCACUGGAGCGACAAAUAGCAUUGGCACGAGAUUUCUUAUUUAAUGAUGGAGGUAGAAAUUUAAAUGACGAGACACGAGAAAAAUUACAGUUUUUAAACAACACAACUCUUAAUAAUGGACGUCAUAGUGGUAACACAAAUUCAAAGGAAUAUUACAACGACAAAUUGAAUACAAUUGCUGAGCUGGACUCGACGGGGUCGAUUCUGAGUGAUUUAAGUUGUUACUCAAAAUCUGAGGACGAUUUGGAUGCCAGUAUGCUGCUGAAUCAGAAUUUCAAGAAUCGCGAGUGGAAAGAACACAGACCUAGUGGGGAGUAUGGAGGGUCAUCACGUAAACGUCGUAGUACUUUGAAUAAAAUUGCUGAUUUAAAUACUUCUGAUCGUAUUAUCGCAACUACAACUGUUGUGUUACCUAAAGACGGCGCAGUCACUGCGUCAUCUGUCAUUGAAGCUAUUGCUGGUGAUGAAAAUAAUGAUCCACGUGAUAAUGUACUGCACAGUUUACGUAAAAGACGUAAAAGUGGUGACCGUAAGUCAAAAAAAGUUACUGUACCCGAUUAUAACUACAAUAAUGAUGCUGAUGACACUAAGCCAUCAGCGCCAAUGCCUGAUAAUUUUACUUCAGGUUCUGAUAAUGAAAAUGUAUUCAAGCCAAGUCCUAAUAUUGGUGGUUAUACUUUUAACACCAAGUCUAUGAGAGCACACAGUUUUAUUGGUAAAUCUGUCAUUAAACCAGAAACAUGUUCACCCUGUGGUAAGAGAAUUAGGUUCGGUAAAAUGGCUUUGAAGUGUCGGGAUUGUAGAGCUGUUGCUCAUUCUGAGUGCAAGGACUUAGUACCGCUGCCUUGUGUACCCGCUGGUAAUACUCCGAUACAACGUGGUAUUACUGGUACAAUUGCUGAUUAUACACCAAUGAUACCACCAAUGGUACCGUCAAUAGUAGUCCACUGCAUAAACGAAGUGGAAUUACGUGGAAUGAGCGAACAAGGAUUGUAUCGCGUUAACGGUGGUGCCAAUGACGUUAAAUGUUUGAAAGAAAAAUUUUUAAAAAACAAAGGCGUUCCCAAUUUAUCAGAGAUAGACAUUGCGACUAUUUGUUCUACUCUAAAAGAUUUUUUACGGUCACUACGCGAGCCAUUGAUAACCGUAGGCCUCUGGGCAGAUUUCGUACGCGCAACAACGAUAACAGACAAGCAGGAUGCCGAUGCAGCAUUAUAUCAAGCCAUAUCAGAGCUUCCUCAACCAAACCGCGAUACUCUUGCCUUUUUAAUUCUACACUUACAACGUGUAUCAUCUACACCAGAAUGUAAAAUGCCGAUAAGUAAUUUAGCUAAAGUAUUUGGGCCUACUUUAGUGGGUUAUAGUUCUCAAGAACCUUCAGCAACUUCAAUGUUAUCGGAAACAAAAACCCAAGCUGCAAUCGUUGAAAGUUUAUUGAAAAUACCUUCUGAUUACUGGGCUAAUUUUGUAAAUCCCGACUGCAUUAAUGAUAUUGGGACACCACAAAUGGGCGAAUUAAAACACACGCCUUCUACGGAAUCUUUAUUAAAACGUACUGCAUCGCGAGGAUUUUUCAACACACCACUGGCUUCUAGUCGGACAUUUUUAAGGAAAAAUAGAAAAUAUUUUGCCACACCACCACAUAAUAGUGGUAUUUAAAAUUAUUCUAUC